UUGGAAGCAAAGUUUAAUAAUUGAAUAGCUCAAGCACUAAACUCUUACAUAUUAUUAAGAUACUAUCCUAAUAUGUCUCAUUUGUCAAAGAUGUAAAAGUUUUGAUAUGACAUAAGGGUUUCAAUCCCAAUAGGAAUAUUAAUGGUAACAAUAAAAAUAAUAGCAACACGGUUUCUGUUGAAUGCCUGCCACAUGUCAGCAACUGCUUUGAUAAUUAAAGAAUUAUAUCUUAUGUUGAUUAUAAUCCUUAUAAUGGCUUCCUGGGCGAGAAAGGUUUAUUCCUGUUUUACAUUUGAGGAGACUAGGGUUCAGAGAGGGUGCAGAAGUGAGUUACACUUUUGCCAACCAGGCCAGAAGAUGAAAGCCGCUGGAUUGGGAAAUACUUGUGUAUCAAAAGCACAAAAUGAAGUGGCUAGUGUUACUUGUUGGAAAAAAGUUAACUUUGGCAAGCAUAAAUAUAAUUCAGUAUUUGAGCAAUACUUUUAGGAGGGUAACAGAGUGGUUUAUGUGAAUUCUCCAAAAUGCCAUCACGAAAAUUUUGAUAAUGAAAAUCACCUAAAAUUGCUAAUUAUCUGUCUUAGCCUGUCUAGGGCUACAAAGUACCAUAUGCUGAGUGGCUCAUAAACAAUAAAAUUUAUUUCUCAAGUAGAGGCUGGAAGUCAGAGUGCCAGAAUGGUCGAGUUCUGGUGAGGGCUCUUCCAGGUUACUGUCAACUCUUUGCAUCCUUAGGUGGUGGCAAGAGGGCUAGAAAGUUAUUUGGAGUCUCUUUUAUUGUAUUUUAUUUUUUGGAGACAGUCUCACUCUGUCCUCCAGGCUGGAGUGCAGUGUCACGAUCUCAGUUCACUGCAACCUCCACCUCCUGGGUUCAAGCAAUUCUCAGGCCUCAGCCUCCUAAGUAGCUGGGAUUACAGGUGCCCACCACCACACCUGGCUAAUUUUUGUAUUUUUAGUAGAGACAGGGUUUUGCCAUGUUGGCCAGGCUGGUCUCGAACUCCUGACCCCAGGCGAUCCACCUGCCUCGGCCUUCCAAAGUGCUGGGAUUACAGGCAUGAGACACUGCACCCAGCCUCUGGAGUCUCUUUUAUAAGAAUACUUACUAUUCUCAUCCGUGAAGGCUCCACUCUCAUGACCUAAUCACCUCACAAAGGCCCCACCCCUUAAAACCAUCACAUUGGGCUUAGGAUUUCAACAUACAAAUUUUGGGUGGACAUAAACUUUCCAUUGCUAACAUUACCCAAAUACUAUCUAUAUAGUCAUUUCUAAAUAUACACGUAUUUAGAAAUUUCUAAAUAGCCAGUAAACAUACAACUGACUUGGGCUUGAUAUAACUGUUUUCUUUUUCUUUUAUUUUCAUUCUACAUGACAUAUUUUGGGUAAUUAUAAAAUAAUUAAAAUUAGUUGAUAAAGUAUGGAAUUAGAAUAAAAUAAUUUUCUAUUACUAUCUAAGCCAUGAAAUGAAUUAGGAGCUGCUGUUUUCAGUGAAACAUCUUCUAGUUUUUAAAGUGCAUUGUCCAAUUCCUUUUUAUUUUGUGAAGAUUUUAAAAACUUUAAAAAAGUCUUCAAAUUGUUAGUGCCUUGCAUUUCUUUAAAUCUUGUGUUUAAACAUCAUGUGCUGCUAGUUGCUAGUCAUUUUCUCUAUCCCCUGCCCCAGACCCUCUCUUUCUCAGGAAAGGAUAUCCAGCGAUCCGGAUCCCAGUUAGUCAAGGAGAUAUAAGAGGAAGGCUACGAGGCUUUCUGGGAAACAUUUUCUUUUUCCAAGAGAGAAGUGUUCAGAGGGAAAAGGUCCUUUCUCAGUUUGGCUCCCUCUUUGUGUUUUAGAUCUGGCCAUGUGAGGCUGCCUGGCUUGGACUGUGAGGGCAUCUCUCGACAAUGAGGUGACAGGCCUGGGGAGGAAAAUCCACAGGCGAGAAGGUGGCAGAACGGAGAGAUGGUCCUUCAUGACUUCUUUGAGUCACCAGGUCCAGAUUUCCCGCCAACCUCCAGUCUUCUUGUUCUGUGAUCUGUUAUCAUUAUUUACUGCAGAGGCCACUGAGUGGAUGCUCUGUUACUUGUGUCUGAAAAUCCAGUUCACUAAAUUAAUCAAAAUACGGCACUCUUCUUUUGAAACCUUGCUCCAGAACAAAGUGGAAGGUAAUGAUGGGGUGCUUUUCAAAGUUCCAGGGAGGUGUCCCUACACAGCAGAGAGCUGUCCAAAGGAAUGUAGAUGUUGGCUGCGGGGAGAUCUGAGUUGCCGGAUUCAGUCAGAACAGGUGUCCUCUCCCUUAUUUUAUCUUAAACAUGCAUGUCAUUUUUGCAUGCUACUCUAUGCGGUUCUUUCAGCCAGGGAACAUUGCUGAGCACCCGCUCACGUGCUGUAUUAGCGCAGACUGCAGGGUGCGAGGGGCGGAGGUGAGAUGUGCUAGGCCUGAAUUCAAGAGGGGGCGCAGCCACAGGCCCCGCGAGGCCGAGGUGGCCUGUUGUAACGACGUCUUAACCGCUGACCUAAGUGGAUCCGCUCCCCUCCCGCCGCCGGCUCCCUGCCUGCAGCACAGGAUGGCGGCUGGCUCUCCCGAGUGGGCGCAAGUGAGCCACGCUUUGCCCUCCCGGGUGGGCGCAGGUGAGCCACGUUUCACUCUCCCGGGUGGGCGCAGGUGAGCCACGUUUCAUUCUCCCGGGUGGGCGCAGGUGAGCCAUUGUUUGCUCUCCCGGGUGGGCGCAGGAGAGCCACGCUUUGCUCUUCCAGGUGAGCCGCGGCUCGCUCUCCCAGUGAGGGCCGGUGAGCCACGCUCUAUGGGAAUCCUUCGAAUCUUCAUUCAAUUUCCAUCGCCUCCUUGUAUUUAUUUGGGAGUACUUUUAAAAAUGAAGCCUAUGCACAAUGAUGUAAUAAGCGUUUAUAGAACACCACUGGUCGGAGCUAGGGCCUAGGUGGUGGUACCCGGGCCCAGGCGCCGCGCCCACGCCCCGCGGCCGAGCGCACGCACGCACGCACUCACGCACGCACGUACGGCGCGAGCCCGAGGGCGACAGCAGCGCGCAGGCGCACGUUGGUCCCCGCGCUUUUCGGAGGCUGCCAGCGUCCCAGACCAGCCGCAGGAUAGCAGCAUCAAGGAGCAUUGUGUACAUGCAGAAGUGCACAGUACCUGGAGUGAAACUGCUUGUGUUCGAUUUCUGGUACCAUUCAUAACUGGCUGUGUGAUCUCAAAUAAGAAAACUGAAGAACCAGCUGGGUGCAGUGGCUCACGCCUGUAAUCCCAGCACUUGGGAGGCUGAAGCGGGUGGAUUACCUGAGAACCUCUAAAAUGCAGACCUCCAGCUCUAGAUCUGUGCACCUGAGUGAAUGGCAGAAGAAUUACUUCACAAUUACAUCUGGCAUAUGUACAGGACGGAAGGCAGAUGCAUACCGUGCACAGAUAUUACGCAUUCAGUAUGCAUGGGCAAACUCUGAGAUUUCCCAGGUCUGUGCUACCAAACUGUUCAAAAAAUAUGCAGAGAAAUAUUCUGCAAUUAUUGAUUCUGACAAUGUUGAAUCUGGCUUGAAUAAUUAUGCAGAAAACAUUUUAACUUUGGCAGGAUCUCAACAAACAGAUAGUGACAAGUGGCAGUCUGGAUUGUCAAUAAAUAAUGUUUUCAAAAUGAGUAGUGUACAGAAGAUGAUGCAAGCUGGCAAAAAAUUCAAAGACUCCCUGUUGGAACCUGCUCUUACAUCAGUGGUAAUCCAUAAGGAGGCCACUGUCUUUGAUCUUCCUAAAUUUAGUGUUUGUGGUAGUUCUCAAGAGAGUGACCCAUUACCUAACUCAGCUCAUGAUCGAGAUAGGACCCAAGACUUCCCAGAGAGCAAGCCUUUGAAACUCCUUCAGAGUGCCCAGCCACCUAUGGUGACUAACACUGCUAGGACUUGUCCUACAUUCUCAGCACCUGUAGGUGAGUCAGCUACUGCAAAAUUCCAUGUCACACCGUUGUUUGGAAAUGUCAAAAAGGAAAAUCACAGCUCUCCAAAAGAAAACAUAGGACUUAAUAUGUUCUUAUCUAACCAGUCUUGUUUUCCUGCUGCCUGUGAAAAUCCACAGAGGAAGUCUUUUUAUGGUUCUGGCACCAUUGAUGCACUUUCCAGUCCAAUACUGAAUAAGGCUUGUAGUAAAACAGAAGAUAAUGGCCCAAAGGAGGAUAGCAGCCUGCCUACAUUUAAAACUGCAAAAGAACAAUUAUGGGUAGAUCAGCAAAAAAAGUACCACCAGCCUCAGCGUGCAUCAGGGUCUUCAUAUGGUGGUGUAAAAAAGUCUCUAGGAGCUAGUAGAUCCCGAGGGAUACUUGGAAAGUUUGUUCCUCCUAUACCCAAGCAAGAUGGGGGAGAGCAGAAUGGAGGAAUGCAGUGUAAGCCUUAUGGGGCAGGACCUACAGAACCAGCACAUCCAUUUGAUGAGCGUCUGAAGAACUUGGAGCCAAAGAUGAUCGAACUUAUUACGAAUGAGAUUAUGGAUCAUGGACCUCCAGUAAAUUGGGAAGAUAUUGCAGGAGUAGAAUUUGCUAAAGCCACCAUAAAGGAAAUAGUUGUGUGGCCCAUGUUGAGGCCAGACAUCUUUACUGGUUUAAGGGGACCCCCUAAAGGAAUUUUGCUCUUUGGUCCUCCUGGAACUGGUAAAACUCUAAUUGGCAAGUGCAUUGCUAGUCAGUCUGGGGCCACAUUCUUUAGCAUCUCUGCUUCAUCCUUAACUUCUAAAUGGGUAGGUGAGGGGGAGAAGAUGGUCCGUGCAUUGUUUGCUGUUGCAAGGUGUCAGCAACCAGCUGUGAUAUUUAUUGACGAAAUUGAUUCCCUGUUAUCUCAACGGGGAGAUGGUGAGCAUGAAUCUUCUAGAAGGAUAAAAACAGAAUUUUUAGUUCAAUUAGAUGGAGCAACAACAUCUUCUGAAGAUCGUAUCCUAGUGGUGGGAGCAACAAAUCGGCCACAAGAAAUUGAUGAGGCUGCCCGGAGAAGAUUGGUGAAAAGGCUUUAUAUUCCCCUCCCAGAAGCUUCAGCCAGGAAACAGAUAGUAAUUAAUCUAAUGUCCAAAGAGCAGUGUUGCCUCAGUGAAGAAGAAAUUGAACAGAUUGUACAGCAGUCUGAUGCGUUCUCAGGAGCAGACAUGACACAGCUUUGCAGAGAGGCUUCUCUUGGUCCUAUUCGCAGUUUACAAACUGCUGACAUUGCUACCAUAACACCGGAUCAAGUUCGACCCAUAGCUUAUAUUGAUUUUGAAAAUGCUUUUAGAACUGUGCGACCUAGUGUUUCUCCAAAAGAUUUAGAGCUUUAUGAAAACUGGAACAAAACUUUUGGUUGUGGAAAGUAAAUGGGAUACUUGGAAUCAAGGCAUCUCUGUAGUACAGUCUUCUUUAUUUUUUAGCAUAGAAAGUUGGGGAUGUGUUAAUUGUGUUUUUUAGAAUAUAUUCAAAUUCUGUACUUCAAAUAAUAGCACAGAUUUUACAUCUGAUUGACAUAGUGUAUGUUAAUGUAAGUUUUGCUUUCUAGUGAUUACCUGAUAUGUAAGCCUAUUUGAACAAAGUGAGAAUGAAAUUUUGUUUCUAAGAAGUCUUUCUCUUGAAGCUAUAUAACAUGAAAAGCGAGCUCAAAUUUUUUUUAGUUGAAGAUUACAUAUAAAGUUGUGUCUGAUUAAUAUUCAUCUUUUAUUGAAGAAAAUGCCUUCUGAUGGCCACAUAAUUCUUAAUGUCCGCUAGUAUAAUGGUUUACAUUUGGACAAAGUAUUGCUUAGUGUUAUUUAAGUAGAUUUAAGAUCUCAAAGCUAAAGUGCCAAUUUUUACUUUCUUCAGCCAAUUUGUUACCUCUUUUAUGGUUUUUAAUUUUUAUCAGGACUAACAUUUUCAGAAAUAGCAAGGUGUGAUCUAGUAUUAGAGAGAUAUUCACAGAACUGAAAGGUUAAUUAAGAAUGUUGGUUAUUUUCAGGGGAGCGUGUGAUAGUUAACAUUAAUAUUUUAUUUGACACUACAGCCUGUAAUACUGCUCUCUUUCAAAAAUAAGUGUUUUCAGAUUUUUAUAACAGACCCAUUUUGUUUUAUGAAACAUGUUCAUUACAGAAACAUGAGAAAAUAGAGAUAAGUAAAAAGAAUAAAAGUCACUGUUAUCCUACCACUUUGUGGGACACACUAUUAAUAUUUAAGCAUAGAUUCUUCCAGAUGUUUUGUUUUAUACAGCAGUAGGAUUGUAUAAUGUAUUCUCUCUUGUAGCCUGCUCUUCAAAGCGUAUCUUCACUUUCCAUGUUAACAUAAAUGUCAUUUUAUGAUUGUCUAGGAUUCCAUGGAUGGAUGGACUAUAAUUGAGUCAUCUGGUAGAGCGCAUAUAGGACAGGACGCUAGGUUGUUUAUCUUUUGUUUGUUGUAAAGGAACUAUGUGGGAUGCAUUUGGUGAUCUUUUUAAAAAAUGUAUAAAUUUCUUGAGUAAUUCUUGGAUUAAAGAAUAUGCCCUUUUUAAA